AUGUGUGACAUGGGGGGACUGGACAACUUGAUUGCCAACACAGCAUAUCUACAGGCCAGGAAAAGUGGAGAUGCCGACAAAAGGGAAGUGCAGAAAAGGCGCAAGACCCUUGCACUACCAAGGAUUGACGACUCCACAGAUCUCGAAAUGUCCAUUAAAGUGGACUAUGAGAGCAUCUGUGAGAAACAGCCCAUUGGUAAAAAGUUUUUCCAGGAAUUUGUGGAGGCUGUGCCUGAAUAUUUGCUGGCUAGUGAGUUCUUGGAUGAAGCGACAGCCUGGGAAUUGUCAGAGGAUAAAAUCAAGAGCAGCAUCCUAGAAGGUCUGGUCAACAUGUACCUGAAGAACAUCAGCAAUAACUACUUGAAAUUCCUCAGUCUGGAUUUGGCCAAGAAAUGCCAGGUAGCCACUAAGAAUGAUUUUGAAAAUAUCAUGCUAUUAGCCAUGGCGGAAGCAAAGGCCUUUCUUAAAGGAAAACCUUUUGAAGAAUUCCAGAGUAGCCAAUUCUAUGAGAAGUUCUUGCAAUGGAAAGCUUUUGAAAGACAACCUGUGAGCGAGAAAGAUUUUGAAGAGUUCCGAGUGUUAGGCAAGGGGGGCUUUGGAGAGGUUUGUGCUGUCCAGGUGAAAAACACUGGCAAAAUGUAUGCCUGUAAGAAGCUGGACAAAAAAAGACUGAAAAAGAAAAGUGGUGAAAAAAUGGCCCUGCUAGAAAAGCGGAUCCUUGAGAAAGUCAACAGCCGUUUCAUAGUCUCACUGGCCUACGCUUAUCAGACCAAAACUGACCUGUGUCUGGUCAUGACCCUCAUGAAUGGAGGAGAUCUUAGAUUUCACAUUUACAGUGUGGGUGAACGAGGCUUGAAAAUGGAUAGAGUCAUCUACUACUCAGCUCAGAUCACUUGCGGCAUCCUGCAUCUUCACUCCAUCAGUAUCAUGUAUAGGGACAUGAAGCCAGACAAUGUUCUCUUGGAUGAGCAUGGCAACUGUAGGUUGUCUGAUCUUGGCUUGGCAGUGAAAGUCAAGGAGGGCAAAAGCAUCACCCAAAGGGCUGGAACUAAUGGCUACAUGGCUCCUGAAAUCCUAAAAGAAAACGAAGCUUACUCCUACCCUGUGGACUGGUUUGCAGUGGGAUGCACUAUUUAUGAAAUGGUCGCUGCUCGAACUCCAUUCAAGGAUCACAAAGAGAAGAUCAGUAAGGAGGAACUAAAGAGACGAACCAUAGAAGAUGAGGUGAAAUUUGAACAUUCUGGGUUUGAUGAGGCAGCAAAAGAUAUCUGCAAACUGUUCUUGGCUAAAAAAACUGAGGCUCGUUUAGGAAGCAGGAAUGCUAAUGAUGAUCCCAGGAAACAUCAUUUCUUUAAGUCUAUAAACUUCCGUAGACUGGAGGCAGGCAUUACAGAUCCUCCCUUUGUUCCAGAUCCAUCUGUUAUCUAUGCCAAAGACAUUACAGACAUUGCUGAAUUCUCUGAAAUUCAGGGAGUUGAGUUUGGUGACAAAGACACUAAAUUCUUCAAGAAAUUUUCAACAGGGGCUGUCCCUAUAUCCUGGCAGAAUGAAGUCAUUGAAACAGGACUCUUUGCAGAACUGAAUGAUCCCCACAGAGAAAUUGGUGGCCGUGGCAAGUCAGGAGUUUGUUUGUUAUUCUAA